AAUAAUGUGGAACUUGUGUAGCUGAGAACGAAGAGUUUGACUGCGAAAGACCACAUCAGGCAAACAUUUUGGCUUGCAUUUGAUGUGUUUGAUGAAAUCCCUCCAGUAUUUUUUCAGAAUACUAAUGCCCUUUGCACUACUAGCUUAGUAUGGAAAAUCACGACAAAGCCCAGCUUCUAAGUUUUCUCAAAACUCUUCCCCCUGUUGAGUUCUGCUGUGUCUAUGGCUCAUCUCUUCAUCCCAACAAUCCUGGCAGUGCAAAGUCAACCAUGGUAGAUUGCAUUCUUGGUGUAUCCAAUCCCCGACAAUGGCAUUCUGAGAAUCUGACAUUGAACAACGAUCAUUAUUCCUCGUGGAUGGUGCUUCUUGGUGGGGCAAGACUGAUUACCGACGUUGCAGAUGAAAUAGGUGUGGGGGUGCACUUCAAUCCUUUUGUUAGUUGGAACGACAAGAUGUUCAAGUAUGGGGUUGUUUGCAUGCACGACUUGGUUCAGGACAUGCUAAAUUGGGAGAGGUUCUAUUUGAGCGGCCGAUUACAAAAACCAGUUCAUGUACUUCUGGAUAAUUUGGAUAUCGCAAAUGUAAACUCGGUUAAUUUGAGGGCUGCAAUGUCUGCAGCUCUCCUUCUUUUGCCGUCCAAGUUCACUGAGGAAGAAUUGUACGCCAAAAUAUGUAGCCUCUCGUAUAUGGGCGACUUGCGUAUGCUUUUUGCAGAGGACAGAAAUAAGGUGAAGAAAAUAGUACAAGGGCAAUUUGAAUUGUUCCGGCCGAUGUAUAAGCCAUUUAUUGAAGAGUAUGAGACCAAAGAGUUGUUGAGACGCUCUUUAUCUGGGAAUACUCAACCAAUCAUAUCUCAGGAUGGUGGUUUAUUAGCAGCUCGAUCUCUUGUUUCUUCUCUGCCCCAAAUGGUCAGAAGCCAAAUGGGGAUGAAGCUAGGAGAAAAGAAAGUACUGUGUGACUCUGGUCGAGUUAUUCAGGAAAUUGUGAUUGGCUCCAAAGACGAGGCUGCUAAAUGCAUGCAGACUAUUCUGCGGCGAAAGGUCAUGGUUUCGAGUGCAAGACAGGCCGUGUCUGGUCUCCUGGCUGCUGGUGGCAUUACUGCCAUGAGAUAUCUUGGUGCUAAAAUGAGCAAGGCUUGGAAAUCCUGGAGAUGA